AUGGCAACACGCAUCAGAUCGAUGCGCGUAGCACUCCGUGAGCAUCUGGAGAAGUUGAAAACACCGGGCAAAUGGGAACAUAUUACACAGCAGAUCGGAAUGUUCUCUUUCCUAGGAUUGACACGUAUGUAUCUUCAUUAA